AUGAAUCAAACGUCAUUCGUAUCAAUAGAGGAAGAUGGUAGCAUUUGUUUGAAAAAUUUAGUCGGAUAUGCAUCUCCAAAGUUGACACCCAAGCAUUCGAGAAGCGUGAAACAAUCGAAAAGAAGAACGAAAUCUCACGAAUCUCCCCAUUUAGAAUUUCCACCUCCUCCCUCUUUUCCACCCCCUGAACAUUACGAUCUUUCCGACGAAUAUUCCGUCGAUUUAAUCGAUAAUAAUUUAUCGAAUUGUAAUAAAAAUCACAAUCGUUUAAUAAACGAUAAUUUGAUUAGUUUUCGAACGACGGACAGAGAUGAUGAAGGAUUUUGGAACAGUCCGGUCGAAGCUCCCUGGAGUUAUUUCCUAGGAGGAGUGAGUAAAGAUAAUUACAAAGAAGAAAAUGGUAAAUGGAUAUACGAUGGAAGAAGAGGGGGAAAAAAAAAAGAAAAUAAUUUAAAUGAAACAAAUCAGUUUUGGGAAGAUCGAACGCGAACGGGAGUACAAGAAGAAGCGGAAGAAGAAGAAGGAGAAGGAGAAGAAGAGGAAAGUUGGAUUUGUAAAAAUUUCGAUUCGUCCACUCCCUAUAUGGAAAGGAAAAGUAAAAUGAAAAAAAAGAAUAAAAAAAAUAAACCUACGGACGAAACGGAUCACGUCGUUUCAGAAGAAAUAAUGUUGAUUAAUAAGUUGAAAGAAGAUUUUAUAAAUGGGGAAGAUAAAAAUUUAAAUGAUGUUAAAAAUUACCGUAGCGAAAUAUGGGUGUCCGCAGUUCCGGUUAACGAAAGCGAAAGAGAAGAUUUGAUUAUGAAAGAUGAAAAAAAUCAAGAUGGUUCUUGCAUUCAAAUGAAUAAAAACCACAUAUCGAACGUUCUCAUAACGCAUGGAAACGAUGAAAUUUUAGAUAAUUUCAUUGAGAACAAACCGAUUCACAAAGGGAAUCAAAACUUUUCGAAAAAUGAUAAAUACGAAGUGAAUUUAAUACACGAAUACACUGGAAGUGACGACAUGGAUGACGAUCGAUCCGACGAUAAAAACAUUGAAAAACGUUUUCAUCGUCGUAAUGAAAAUUGUAAAAGGGAUCAGGAAAAAGAUUGUAAAAUAUCCGUGGUUUCGAAUGACGUAAACGAUCGAGAUUACCGUUUUUACAAAAAUAGGAAAAACGCCACCUUUCAAGGGCCCAUACCUGAAAACGUUUCCGUUUCCGGUGAUUCGCCCGACGAGUACUCGUACGCUUAUUACGAAGCCGGUCCGGUAAAUAGAAUUAUUACCAGCACGGAUCCAAACAGGUAUGGACACGAUCGAAACUCACGUUAUACGUAUACGACCCGAUACGGAACGGAAGAAAAUAUUUACGAAGAAAUCACAGAAGUCGGUUAUAAUUUAAAAGACAAUUAUUUCGACGGACAAUCCCGGAAAAAAUUCAAUAGGCAACCGAGGCACUAUCAUCAGGGUUCUUUGGAUUCGGGAAGGAAACGUGAAGAGAAUUACGUUGGAAAUCAUCCCUGUAGUAAAUCUCAAUCUCAAAUGUCGUUGAAUCAAAGUAUUUUGGAAGAAGAAGUGAGAGAAGUGCAAUCGACUCACAGGAGAGUUUUGGGACAGUUAAAUUUGACGAUGGAAGAAAUGCUCAUGCCCAACGUUCUGAAAGAAAAAGACGGAGGAGGUUUAAAAGAAGAUGGAGAUUUUAAAAAGGUCGAUGUGAUGAUGAUGGAAGACAAUCAAGUGAAUCACGUUACGGAUUUGGAUUCGGGAUUUUCAGGUUCUUCCGGAACGAGCGUUAGUUUUUACGGCAUCGCCAACGGUUGUUCGAGAUCCGGAACAUCCGUCAAACAACACGACGCACCGAGAUAUUCCCUCGCGAACAAUUCCAAAAUCUAUCCUCAAAUUUUUAUCAAGUCUAAAACUUGCAACGAAACGGCUCCAUACGUCAGAAGCGGUCCGGGAUGCUGCGGCGAUCAUUGUUACGUUGAAAAAUAUUCUAAUCAGAGGAAUGAAAAAAUGAAUUUGGAUUAUCCUUCGAAUAAUUCCAUAGACGUUUCUUAUAGAAAAAACAGUCAUUCGUCGGUGAAAUCACUUAGUUUUCCAAGGGGAAUGACACCACCAGUGAAUAGUAAUAAUAGUUUUUCGAAAAGACUGACCGGAAGUGGAUCGUGGGCGAAACGGGGUUGGAAAAAAUUGACGGGAUUGAGCAUCGGGAGCACAAAUAAAAAUUCGGAAUACUUUUUUUCUGGUUGUUGUUGUUGUUGUUGUUGUUCAGAAAGUCAAAGAGGUUUAAUUGUUUACGAGAUUGAUUAG